AUGGCGACGCCCCGUGCGCCAACGACGGACGAGUCCGCGACCACGACUGCCGACGAGCCCGCGGUAGCCGCCGCUGGAGACGCUCUGUCGGAGAGUAUUGCAGCCUCACCGCUCAGCCCAGACGCCGCCGACGCCCAGGAAACCACCGCCGACGGCACGGCCAGUGGCGUCGCAGCCGCCGCCACGGACGCCAUCGUGGGCGGCGACAUGCCUCAGCUCUCGAAACGGGCGCAGAAGCGGCUGCUCAAGCAGCAGAGCCAGGUCGAGAAGCGGAAGGCGGAGAAGCAGGCCAAGAAGGAGGCCAAGCGGGCGAAGCGCGAGCAGGCGCAGGCGGAGUGGGAGGCGAUGCCGGCAGAGGAGCAGGCGCGCGUCCGCGCCGAGGCGCACGCCAGGGGCGAGCGCGAGCAGCGGCGGCAGGCAGCUCUCAGGGAGAAGGAGGCGAAGGCGGCCGCCGCAGCCGCCCUCUCGGCCGACGGCGCCGACGGGAGCGCGCCUCUAGAAGCCGGAUACUCUUCUUGUACUCCAGCCUGCGCCCGAAAGGACACGAACUCCGCUGUAAUCGCUGCACUCGUGUCGCUCGUAUUCACACGGCGCGCCGCCUUCCCGACGCGGCUGGUGCUCUCCUCGCUCGGCGGCGCGACGCGCGCCAAGCUCACGCAGGGCUUCGAGCUCUGGCCCGUGGCUUCGAGCUCUGGCCCGUGGUGCGGCUUCGAGCACUGGCCCGUGGUGAGGGAGGAGCGGAGCUACCUCGAGGUGUUCCCCGAUCGCGAGCGGCUGAUCUACCUCUCGUCCGAGUCGGAGGAGCUGCUUCCCGGGAAGAUGGGGCCUAUCCACUGCUCUAGGUCUCGAGGUCACUGUUCUGUGGGCGAGUUGAUUAGGAGCUGCUCGGAGCUGCUCGGCGAGAUUGAGCCGGGGUGGGCGUACGUGGUCGGAGGACUGGUCGAACAGGACGACGACGGCGUCGCCCGCGCUGUCGACCACAACCGGCACAAGGGCCUCACCCACCGGCAGUGCCGCGAGGCGAGCGAGUAG